UCUCUCUCCACCUAGCCAAUCAACCGUCCGCCGAAAUAAGGCUGCCGUUUAUUGUCUGACGACGGAAGGAUUCCAGGCGCUGCAGCGGAUCCAAGAGAGAUCUCACGAAGACCCCUCCAUCCACAUGGCGUCCCUUACGUGGACCACUCUCAGCCACAGCGCGUUUGGUGAAGCCGGUCAGACCAGUGGUGCGAUUCAAGCUCUUAUGCUCGAACACAUGGUUAGGUUCCGCUCCUCAUCCGACAACUCGAAGGCGCUAACGGGCGAUGAUCUACCUGACGUCGCCAAACUCGCUCACGAUGCACAUGACUUCAUGGAACGGACUGAGGCGGCAUUCGGCGCUCGUAGCGAGUGGUCCCCCGAGCUCGCAGUGCUGGUAGAAAAGUACGCCUACGUCCAGUCAGGCGCUCUCGAGACAAUUGUCCGCCCAUGGAUGAAAAAGCGGGAUGACGAGGCGAACGAACUAAGGAGCAAAUUGCCCGGCGACCGACGUUUGUCCGAAGACCACUUCCACGUCAUCUCCGCCGCGAAACCCCUCGGCCGCAUCCACAAGGCUGCCACUCAGAGUAAGACAGAACCGUCGACAACCCACUACGAGACAUUCCACAAGCGGUUUCAGGAAGUCAUGCUCGCCUACAACAUUUCCGAGCUCGUCGCCGACACUUCAUCCAGUCAAGGCUCGACGGAGGGCGACAAUGGAGUUGAGGCGACGGGGACUGGCGUCAGAAGCGGCGCGGGGGGCGGGGAGGAAGGCGAACAAACCUCUGACGGAGAAGAUGGGGAUGUUGGGGGCGGAGAGGACGGAGACUUCGGAGACGGAGAGGGAGACAUGGAUGAAGAGG